AUGCUUGUACCAUUGAAUAUCAGGAACUCCAUCUACGAAUAUCUCCUCAAUGAAGGAGUUAUGACCGCUAUAGAGGAUGCCAGGCCGAAAUGCAUUCACCCUGCUGUCAAGGUCAGGAACCUCUAUGUGAUGAACGUCUUGAAAUCCCUUGUGUCUCGUGGUUACGUCAAGAAGCGAUUUGCUUGGAGAACAUUUUAUUGGUUUUUGACCAAUGAAGGGAUUGAUUAUUUGAGAGAGGUUCUCCAUCUUCCUGCUGAGAUCGUGCCCGCUACACUGAACAAGCCCAGCUUGGAUUCCCGUAUGCCUGGUGCCCGUGGCCAAACAGGUAGACCUAAUAUGCCUACAGACGGUCGCCUUGCCUAUCGGUGUGGUCCCGUCAGCCAACCUGAAGGUGGCAAAGAAGUUAGUGUUGUGCCUGAGGGCGAAGUACACUUCCGUGGCAGCAGAGCUAAGCGUCGCAUCUGCGGUGACGAUUGA